AGGCAAACGGGCAAACACAGCACUUUUUUCCCACCCUCCGACUUCUCUCUCCAUCCUGGCCUGCGUACAAAACAUGUCUGCUGGGAGAAAUUGACGUACUGGAUUUGUACUUUCGUCCGAACGGCCAUCGCUUCCCAGGCGCAGCUCAAUUGUUUCCUGCGCCAAGAACUGUAAAGACAUGGUCGUUACACCACCGCGUCUGUGAUGAAGAGCAAUCAGCAAGUAACCGGCUAAUCUGCAGAGUUUACUGCUUUCUACAAUGUCCCAGCGAGGCUCCCACAGCCGUGCCCUGAGUUCUGAGGAGAGGAGCUCCGUGACGCUCAACAAGAUCUCCACGCCGGUGCACAAGAGUCCAUCCUCCUCAUCCUCAUCCCAGCGCGACAGCCGGCAGGAGACAGACAGCUGGGAAAUCAUCGAGGGACUGAAAAUCGGUCAAAGCAGCGUCCAGAGGCCAGAUAAACAUGAGGGAUUUAUGCUGAAGAAGCGGAAAUGGCCCCUUAAAGGCUGGCACAAGCGCUUUUUCGUUUUGGACAAUGGGAUCCUGAAGUACUCCAAGUCCCCGAUUGAUAUUCAGAAAGGCAAACUGCAUGGCAGCAUUGAUGUUGGCCUCUCGGUGAUGUCUAUCAAAAAGAAGGCCCGGCGUAUUGACCUGGACACAGAGGAGCAUAUCUAUCACCUCAAGGUUAAAUCCCAAGAUAUCUUUGAUGCUUGGGUGUCCAAGUUGCGAUAUCACCGCCUCUACCGACAAAACGAGAUUGUGCGAUCUCCUCGCGAUGCUUCCAUGAGGACAUUUCCUCCAUCGGCAGUUGCAGAGUCUGCCCAAGCUGCUUCAGGUGUCGGUCAUGAGGUUAAGCAGGCUAAACCCAGUAGUUUGCCAUGGCAACCACCAGUCCCCACCAACAGCAGCCUGCCUGGCUCCUACAGUAACGGUCAGAGCAAAGUGGCUGCCUGGCUGCAGGAAUCGGAGGAGAUGGACAAAUGUGCAGAAGAUCUUGCGCGUUGCCAGUCCAACCUAACCGAGCUGAGUGGCUUGUUGCAGAGUCUGGAGAUUCUACAAAGGACACAGUCAGCUCCCAACUUUGCAGAUAUGCAGACUGCUUGUGUAGAAUUGUCAAAGAAAGAAAAGCGCUUGAACAGAAGAUGGAGGACAAAAAGUGUCGGCAAAGAUGCAAAAUUCCAGCUUCAGGUCCCGCUCUCAUCCAGCAUGUCUCCUGUCCGCCUCCACUCAUCCAACCCUAACCUCUGCGCCGAGUUGGGGGACUUUCAAGCUCCCGUCUCCAGGCUGACAGACAGUGUAGAGUGUUCCAGUGACUACACUAAACUGCAGGAGGAAUUCUGCACCAUUGCCCAAAAAGUCCACACUCUGCUCAAGUCGGCCUUCAACACAGUGGCCAUCGAGAAAGAAAAGAUCAAACAGAUUCUAUCAGACCAGGACCAGUCUGACCCAUCAGCGCAGAUCAACUCCCUCAGGAAGUCUCUGUCACAGGCUGUGUCCCAAAACGCAGAACUGCGAACCCGACUGAAUCGCAUCCACUCAGAGUCUGUCCUGACGGAACAAGUUGUCAGUGUAAACAUCAUCUCCACGCCUGACGAGCAGGUUGUCGAGCAGAUGGGGAUCCCUCUGACUCAGCAGGCCUCUAAUGAGAGUCGACUCUCCAUGUCGGAGUCUGUCUCCGAGUUUUUUGAUGCCCAAGAAGUGCUCCUGUCAGCGAGCUCAUCGGAGAAUGAGGGCUCGGAUGAUGAGUCAUACGUCAGUGAUGUGAGCGAUAACAUCUCAGAGGACAACGCCAGCGUGACCGACAACGUUUCCAGACAAAUGGCCAAUGGAGACUUUGCUGGCUGUGCCUUCCGUAACGGGCGGCGCACCUGUCUGCCGGCACCCUGCCCCGACACCAGCAACAUCAACCUGUGGAACAUCUUGCGGAACAACAUUGGCAAAGACCUGUCCAAAGUGUCCAUGCCUGUGGAGCUCAACGAGCCUCUCAACACGCUGCAGCGCAUGUGUGAAGAGCUGGAGUACAGCGAGCUGCUCGAUAAAGCUGCAGAGACGGAGAGUCCCUUUGAACGCAUGGUUCUGGUGGCUGCCUUCGCUGUCUCAGGCUACUCGUCUACCUACUACAGAGCAGGAAGUAAGCCAUUCAACCCACUCCUUGGGGAGACAUACGAAUGUAUAAGAGAAGACAAGGGCUUCUGCUUUUUCUCGGAACAGGUGAGCCACCACCCUCCCAUCUCCGCCUGCCACUGUGAGUCCAAGAACUUCACCUUCUGGCAAGAUGUGAGAUGGAAAAACAAAUUCUGGGGGAAAUCAAUGGAGAUAUUGCCAGUCGGGACAGUGAACCUCAUGAUUCCUAGUUUUGGAGAUCACUACGAAUGGAACAAAGUCACCACAUGCGUUCACAACAUCUUGAGUGGACGACGCUGGAUCGAACACUACGGCGAGAUCACCAUCAGAAACACAAAAAGCAGCGCGUGCCUCUGCAAGCUCACCUUCGUCAAGGGAAACUACUGGAGUUCUAACGUGAACGAGAUCCAAGGAUUUGUCAUGGACCAAGAAGGGAAAGUCAUCCACAGGCUAUUUGGGAAAUGGCAUGAGGGUCUUUACUGCGGCGUUCCUCCCUCUGCCAAAUGUAUCUGGAGGCCAGGCUCCAUGCCCACGGAUUACGAGCUGUACUACGGCUUCACCAGGUUCGCCAUCGAACUAAACGAGCUGUGUCCUGAGUUAAAAGAUGUUCUCCCGCGUACUGAUGCACGAUUCAGGCCUGAUCAAAGGCAUCUAGAAGAAGGGAACUUGGAGAUUGCCGCUUUGGAGAAGCAGCGAAUUGAAGACCUGCAGAGGACGAGGCGGAAGUGGAAUGAGGAGAACAAUGUCAAACAGGAGCCUUGCUUCUUCAGGAAAGUGGUAGAUGCAAAUCGCCGGGAGCGAUGGGUCUCCAACAACAUGUACUGGGAGCUGCGCAAAACCCCCGGCUUCAUCAACAUGGAAGCUACAGUCAGCCUGUGGUAGCAACACGCCCUUCACUCCAUUUGUCGCGUCUUUACCUCAGCACCAACGUGUGAAGAGGAACGCCUGCUGAUAUUCUCGUCAAGGAUCACCUUCAUUGUGCUUGCGGAAGCCAGGUUGUCGGGGCAAGUCCCUCGUCGGUCUUCUCUCAGCUACUUUCAUGACUCCUGAGUCGGUCCUUUGCCUUAAACGGACACUCGCAGUUAGCAUUCUGUCAUCUUUGACUCCAGUAACAUGCAUGUUUAGAGAAGCGCUCACUGGCAUCCGGCCAUAUUUAAUAUAGCAUUCAUGUUGUAGAGGAAAAAUAGGUAUUUUUAUAAAAUAUCUUGGCAGAUUUUAUUUUUGCCUUUUAAUACGAGGAACGCGUCAAAACUCAUCAUGUUGUAGCCCGCACAGAGAACACCACGUUGGUAAAAGCAGCAGUUCAAUCAGUCUGAGGAACUGGUUCAAGGCCCAACUGGCAGCCGCUCCGUCCGUACAGAGUGGACAUACUUUGCUACACUGCAGGGAAACCCACUCCAGCAACUUUUAGUACAAAGAGCAAGUAAUCUACCUGUGCAGUCUCAGAUUCUUCAAAUUCUGUCCAAAGUCAACAAGUACCUUAUUUUUCGGAGUAUAAGUCGCACCUGCCGAAAAUGCAUAAUAAAGAAGGGAAAAAAACAUAUAUAAGUCGCACAGGAGCCCGGCCAAACUAUGAAAAAAACUGCCACUUAUAGUCCGAAAAAUACGGUAUAAACAAAUAUCAUGGGAACGACAGCAAAGGUGAGAAUAUAUGGAGCAGCUAACCCUGGAAAAGGCAUUGUUAAGGUCAGAGGUUACACACCUUGACUUAGAGAUGGUCUGGAUUGCUGCGAUGAGGUGGCGACUUGUCCAGGCUGUACUCCGCCUUCCGCCCGAAUGCAGCUGAGACAGGCUCCAGCACCCCCCGCGUCCCCAAUAGGGACAAUCGGUAGAAAAUGGAUGGAUGGGCUGGAUUGCAAUCUUUGUUCUGGGCUUGAGUUGUUCCACGAAAGACUAAAAGGUCUACACCGCACUGGAAGUUUGUUGGAAGCGUUGAAUUAGUGAAAUGAAGCAACUACGACUCCUGAUUACCUGAUAAAAAGCUUUGUCUUAAUACUUUUGUCCAUAAAGUGCAUGUUGCGUUCAGGCAGCUACUCCAUCCUGGGACAGCAGAGCCACCUGCUGGUCAGUGUAAGAAAAUGCAGGAGUCUGAUUCUUAUUGUUAAUGCUGAACAAUGAUUUGAAAUGACAGCUACAUUACUUUCAGUGUAUUUUUCCACACACACACUAAAAUAAGGGGCAGUCAUAAAAAAAACAAUUCUAAACAAAGAAACACAUGUUAAUCUGCUUUGCUGGCAUAUUUCUACUUCUUCACCUCACAACAAACAUCUGUUUCACUUGCUGUGCCUUACUGUGUUUAUUAUUGACACACACUGCUGGUAAAAGGUUCCGCAUUUCAUAACAACACACACACUCCGCACCUGCAACGAGACGAUAAAGCUGAACGUCUUACCUGACAUGUCGGGACAGUUUUGACCCUUCCUCCAACCUAAAGACAGCUUGGUCACAAGUGUAAAUAUAAACACGCAGAAGAAGAAGUCGGGGGACGACGGACCAAUUGCCCCCCUCCAUGCAUGUGUAGCCUGCCAAUGAUUGUUGCAGAUGCCUUACAGAAAGGUUCCGUCUUCUCAUUCGGACUUUGUUCAUCUUGUGGAGCGCAUCAGCUGAUGGUACCUUCUUAAAAAGUGCAAUUUAAACCAAGUACAUAUCUUUCCAUCCACACUGUACACUCCUGCUACAUAGUGCUUGUACUAAUAAAACAGGACCUCCAGUGAGUGGUUUAUUCACCCAA